UCUUUGUUACUUGUGUGGAAAACCCUGAAACAAGAGUGAUGCCGCAGGAGGGCCGGAAAAUCAAAAAUUUCCCGUGACCAAGACUGAGAAAUUUCGUGGUCACAAUUUUUUGGGAAUGUUACAUCAGGAAAAAUGGAUGUCCUUCCCUGAAGAUUUUUUUGUCUUCCAUUAAAAAACAAAAAAGAAAAAAAAUCAUGUAACAGCCAUGAAGGAGUUUUAGUUCUUUUUUUUGGGGAUUUUAUCAAGUGUUUUUUGAAUUUAUAUAAAUAAAUAUAUAUAUAUAUGGACAAAAUCAAUUUGUUCUGUGUAUGUGUGUGUGAGGGAAUAUUUUGGCGGUUACUUGCCAAAAAAAAGUAAAUCUAGUGGUGAGAUAAUAGUGAAAUUUAAAUAUAUAGAAAUCCGAUUUUAUUCGUCGAAGAUUUAAAAAAAAAGGACAUCGCGAGAUGGAUAAUAAAAAGGACCUAUGUUCUACGAAUUGAUGGGUAUAUGCUUUUCCUGCAGGAGACCCACGAGUAGUCGCCUUAACAACAAAAUAUCAGAGCACAUCUCGGCGUCGGUAACACCCCUCCAUGUUUGUCUGGAAGAACAAAGAGGACCAGAAUUGGGUUCGUUUAAUACCACGGCUCGAAAGCCACAGAUUAAGGUUCCCCAAGGGAAACGGGAGGAAAGAGAAGAGGUGGAAACCGAAGGAGAUUCGGUCGGAAGUGAGGCCAGCGAGGUAAAACAAAAUCAACCGAGCAUGGCGAACACCAUCAGCAAUAUGAAAAUGAUCAACCCCAUAAAGGGGCUGGUUAGUAAACGACGAAAGCGUUUUACCGAAGAUGGAUUCGAUCUUGAUCUCUCAUAUAUAAAACAUAAUUUAAUAGCUAUGGGAUUCCCUGCUGAAAAGCUUGAGGGAGUUUAUAGAAAUCACAUUGAUGAUGUGGUUAAAUUAUUAGAGUCCAAACACAAGGACCAUUAUAAAAUUUACAAUCUCUGCUCCGAAAGGUCGUAUGAUUGUAAAAAAUUUAAGCAAAGAGUGGCAACUUAUGCAUUUGAUGAUCAUAAUCCACCAAUGUUGGAAUUAAUAAAACCAUUUUGCGAAGAUGUUCAUAAAUGGCUGUCAGAGCAUAAAGAUAAUGUUGCGGUUGUUCAUUGUAAAGCGGGAAAAGGACGAACGGGAGUGAUGGUAUGUUGCUAUCUUCUUCAUAGUCAUCAAUUUCCAUCGGCAACUGAGGCCCUCAAAUAUUACGGCAACAAAAGAACCACUGAUAUGAAAGGAGUAACAAUACCUUCGCAAAGAAGAUACGUUGGUUAUUAUGCAACAUUAGUAAAAGAAGGUCUUCAUUAUGAGCCAGUAACAUUAAUUUUACGUCAAAUAAAACUGGAUCCAGCACCUAUUUUUAACGGAAGCCAAGGCUACGUGCAUUUUGUGAUAUCGGAAGGUAAAAGAAAAAUAUUUACCUCUGACGCGUUCGAAGUACGAAAAAAUACGAACUCUAUACCUCUAGUAAUGCCUCUAAAACACAGUGUUCCUGUUACUGGUGACAUUCGAAUAGAGUUCUUCAAUAGGCCAAAAAUGAAGAGAAAAGAAAAAAUGUUUCACUUUUGGAUAAAUACAUUUUUUGUACGUGAUCAUUUAACGUCGGAAUAUGACAAUGGAGAACUUCCAGUGGAAAGAUCGACGAGGGCAUUGAGUUGUGAUGGAACGGCAAUGGAACUUCCAAUGAUGACAUCACACACAAAACAGAGAACUGGCAGUUUAGCGAGUUUAGGUCCAAUGCCACCUACACUUGUACUCAAUAUUGACAAGUGGGGCUUAGACGACGCGCAUAAAGAUAAACAUCACAAACUCUAUGAUGCAAAUUUCAAAGUAACUUUAUAUAUGCAUCGUGUAGGUGGGAAUAUUCCAUCAACAGUGCCAGGAACAAUGAGCAGAGAAAGUGAGAAUGUACAAAUAGGAAUGGGAGGACAAGAGACGCCAAGUGAAUCGAGUGAAGCUGACAGUAGCGAGUGUGACACGACUGGUGACGAGGAUGGUUGGGAAUCGGGUGAGUCUUCUACAUCUCUGAUGGCAAAUCACCAUCAUCUUACACACAGCAGUAGCCAAACACAAACCAAUACUCACCACAGAGCUAGUCUCAAAGAAACUGCUAAGGGUUUCACUUGGAGAUAAUGGUAGAAGUAGAAAGUAAAUAUUUAGAAAAAGCACAUUUCACCAGUGUUUAAAACAAAAAAAAAAAACGUUCCUCGCGGUAUUUUGUAAAGAUCUGCCACCUUUGAUAAUUUAGUUUUUUGCUCUUGGUACUUAUUCGCUUUUUAUUCAAUUUUUAUUCCCUGAAAUUUCGUUGAAAGCGAACAAAAACAAUUUUCAAUUGACUGAAAAGUGAUUUUUUUUAGUAGCAAAAAAUUCGCAAUAUCUUUAUAUUAAUUAAGAAUUGAUUAUUUUUUUUCUAAAUUUAAAUUCUUUACUCUUUGCAUUCGGUUUUGCAAUUGAUUUCUUUUGUUUAAAAUUUUUUAAACAUGUGAAAUUGAUUUUGAACGAGAAUUUUUUUUCUAUAAAAGAGAUGCAAUAUUUGUGCAUCGAUUUAGACAAUAAAUUUUGUUGUUAUUAAAAUAUAAAAAGAAAUAUUUUUUUGGUUUUUGUACUAUACAGUAGAUAGUUGUUUAUUUUUGGCGAAUUUUUUUUAGAAAUGUGUUGGAAUUUUUAAAAUUAGUCGGUAAAUAUGUAUAUAUUUUUUUUAAAAACAAUACUUUUUUUGCAAAAAAAGAAAAUAAUAUUCAAAUGCAUGAAAACGAAUUUUUUUUAUUAGAAAUCAAACUCAAAUGCCCACUGAGAGUUUCUGAAAAUUAUUGCCAAUUUUAAUUAGUGAAAAUCGGAUAAAAAAUUUGAUUGAGAAAUAUCCCCGAAAAAAAUGAGAUAUUAUUCAAAUAAUCUUGAUUUUUAAUACUUUUAACGAAAAAGUAAAUUGUAAACUGAAAUUUUUUGAAGAAUAUCUAUAAAAUGGAUAGUAUUUAAAUAUUUUAAAAAAUGAAAACUUUUAUUCGAAAUUGUCCAAUACGGAGCAUUUAAUUUUUGCUCUAAUUUAUAAAUUAUUUGGGUAUUUGAAAAAAUAGAAAUUUUCACUUGUAUCAUUUAUCGAAAGUUUUUAUUUAUAAAAAUUAUCAACUAAUUUCCUGAUAACUAAAAGUAGCAAAGUAUAUCUUAAAUUUGUUACUAUGGUUUUUUUUUUUUUUGUAUAAACAACUUUUUUUAUUUUUUUUUUUUUUGGAAAGGAAGGUUGGACAUUGUGAUUAAGUUAAUUUUUAUAUUGAAAAACUUAAGUCUGGUAAAUUGUUUUCUUUUUUUGAAAUUUCGAUUCGUCAUUUGCUUUUUUUAAAUUGUUUGUUUUUUAUUUCAUUUCUUUCUUAUCUUCAUUAUCCCCUUUAAUCUUCUUCCGCUUAUUUUUAUCUUUCAAUUUAAAUUUUUUAAUCUUUUUUUUAUAUUAUUUUUAAACUAUUUUAAAAAUUUUUCUCAGUUCUUUCAGUAGUAUUUUUUAAAAAAUAAGCAUUUUCACUACCUCUUUCUCUUUUUUUAAUGGCUAGACCGCAUGAUAUGUCGAUUAUCUAAUUUAAUUAUGAUAAUGGAACUAGACGAGAUAAUGGAAUCCUUGAUGUAGGAAUUUUUUUUUGAAUUCGUUAGUGCUUGUGCAACAAAAAAAAAGAGGAAUUUUUAGAAUUUCAUUGUGUCAUCGCAUGUUGAUAGUAAAUUAAUAAUGAAUCAAAAAACGAAUAAAUAUUAUUCGUUACGGAAAAAUAAAAUUAAAAUGCAAUUACGAAUAAAUGAUUUUGCAUCGUGUAUAAAAAAAAAUUAUUUUUGUGAUAUUAUAAUUAUUGUUAUUGUUAUAAAUAUUGUCAUCGCUAGAAAUUAUCAUUGCCUUCUAUUCGCAAUAUUACAUCUCUCACUGUAACUAUUACUUGCUACUGGUUUUUUUUAUUAUUAUAAACACAUUAUAUUUAUCAAUAUCACCUCACAACGUCACUAUUUUUCAUUAAAUUUUUUUUCUUUUUUUUUUUAAUUGUAGGUAUUACAAAAAUGUAUUUCUGUAAUUGAUAUUUUUAUGGAAAAAAUUAUACGCACAUAUUGUAAUUAAAUUAUAAUUUCAAUUGUGUUAUAAAUAUUAGUGUCUUCUAAUAUCACAUCCGCUUAUUAUUAUUUUGAUAAAAGUAAAUUAUAUUUACUUGUUUCGAUUUUUUAGCCGUUUGCGAUUUAGAAUAUGUUUCUAUUUAUCGAAGAUUUUUUUUUAAUAAUUAAGAGCAUGUUUAUAAAGAUUUCUUUUUUUACGUAGAUUUUUAAGUAGUUUAUUAUUUUUUACUUAAUUUAAAAGUCGUUGCGUGAUUAUUUAUAGGAAAAAUCGUGUUUUUUUUCCUUUUUUGUUUUCAAGCAUCUUGAACUUUCUUGCUUUCAUCAUUUUAGGUUUUUAUUUAUGCUUGGAGUGUUUAUUAAUUUUUUUUUCUCAUUUUUUAUAUAUUUUAAUUUUAGAUCAAAGUUUCUGGAACAAAUUGAUAUUUAAAAAUUAAAUUAAUUAGUAUUUAUUUAAACUAUUUUAAAAGAAGUAUUUUUUUUAGAAAAUGAUGAAAAAAAGGAAUUUUGAGAUCUUAUUUUGUCAAACGAAAAAAAAUUCGAUAGCGAGAUUGGUUAAUUUGUUCUUGGGACGUAUGAUCGAAUCAAUUUCAAGAGGAAAUAAAUUUUUAUUAUUGAUUUUGAAAUUGA